CUUUUACUUCCGGUAUCGCUGUGUUGGGUGGGACAGCGGAAGCGGCAUUUUUCAGUACUGUGACAUUAACCGAUUUCCUUCCAAAACCAGAAAACAUUUUUAAAAUGCCGGCUUAUCAUUCCAAUCUCAUGGAUGCUGACACCAAAUUGGUGGGAAAUAUGGCACUGUUGCCCCUCAAGACACAGUUUAAAGGCCCUGCUCCAAAAGAAACCAAAGACACAGACAUCAUCGAUGAGGCCAUCUACUACUUUAAAGCCAAUGUUUUCUUUAAGAAUUAUGAAAUUAAGAAUGAGGCAGACCGGACGUUGAUCUACAUCACUCUGUACAUCUCUGAAUGCCUCAAGAAGCUGCAGAAGUGCAGCUCUAAAGGCCAAGGAGAGAAGGAGAUGUACACACUGGGAAUCACCAACUUCCCAAUCCCAGGAGAGCCGGGAUUCCCUCUGAACGCCAUGUACGUUAAACCUACCAGCAAACAGGAAGAAGAGACUAUGAGGGCUUACCUGCAGCAGAUUCGUCAGGAAACAGGCCUGAGACUGUGUGAGAAAGUGUUCGACCCACAGACAGACAAGCCAAGCAAGUGGUGGGUGUGCUUUGUAAAGAAACAGUUCAUGAACAAGAGUCUGUCUGCUCCUGGUCAGUAAAAGGAAUUUUCUCAAGCAUCCAUGUGGAACAUGGGUGGGAAUAUUAUUCCGGUUUUUCCCUCCUCCCCCUUUCUUUACUUCCAUUGGAUAUCAGAUUGAAGAAUAAUUUUAUAUUGUACAUUUGAUUUCCUGCCAUCAUAAAACAUGUAGGUACAACACACGGUCAUUAAAUAAAAGCUGAAAAAUAAAAUGUACUUUAUUCUGUA